UGUGCCACAUAACUGAAAGGGCCAGACUUUGCCAGUGACCACAAAACAAUGGCGUAAUUUCGCGGCGUAAUAUUUUACUACGAACUACAAAUACAACCGCAAGAAACAGAGAAACUGAUGAAGAAGAUGCCUUUCAAGAAAGAGCUUUGCAGAAACUUUCAGCGCGGAAGCUGUCAAUAUGGUGAAAGGUGCAAGUUUCUUCAUCCGAUUCAACAACAACAACAAAAACCUAAUAAUAAUAACCCUUUUGGAUUUGGCUCGCAACAGCAGCAGCAGCAGAAUCGGUCUUCUAAUCCGUUUGGAUUUGGCGUUCAAUCAAAAGCCGCCAAUGAUUUUGGAAACAAACAGCAGCAACAGUUUAAGCCUUUUGAAAAUAAAUGGACCCGGUUCUCCCCUAUAUCCAAUGGUGGUGGUGGUAGUCAAUCCCGACAACCAGAUAAUCAGCCCCAGGCAGUUAAUCACAAGUGCACAGAUCCUGAAUCUUGCAAACGUGAGAUUAUUGAAGAUUUUGAGCAUGAGAAACCACUUUGGAAGCUUACAUGCUAUGGUCACUCAAAAAAAGGUCCUUGUGACAUUUUUGGCGAUGUCAGUUAUGAAGAACUGCGGGCUGUUGCAUAUGAUGAUGCUAAGCGUGGAUUAAGUUUGCAGUCAAUUGUGGAGAGGGAGAGAAAUUUGCUUAAUUCCAAGUUGAUUGAGUUUGAGAACUUGAUUCGAAACCCCUAUGUAGCACCCGCAAAGUCUGCUCUCAGCCAGAGUCCGUUUGCAGGAGUCACUCCUCCUGCAAUUGCAACUAGUGAUCAAAAUAAUGCCCCUCCUUUAGUAUCCAGUUUCAGUCAACUGGGCCCGUCACUUAAUGUGGAGUCUGGAACGAGGCCUCUUGCACCAUCAAGUCAUGCGUUUGGGCAAGCAAAUCUCUUUGCUAAUUCUACUUCCACUGGAUUUGGAAUGAGCAGGCCUUCUUCAUCAUCAAAUAAUGCCUUUGGGCAACCAAACAUCCUCUCUAAUUCAAGCCAAACCUCAGGUUCGUUUGGGAUAAGCAAUUUUGCACCUGCAAAUUCUGGUUCAAUUAGCAGCCAACUUCCUAAUCAGGCAUCUGGAAAUCCCUUUUCCUCCAAUGUAGCGGGCUUCAGCAACAGCAGUGCAAUCAUCAAUCAGAGCAAUCCAUUUGAUUCUUCAGCAGUGACAAAGCAAGUCACAAAUUCAUCUACUGCCCAGCAUGUCAUCAUUUCCAAUUCACCUAAUUUAGCUUCUAAUGCAGUUGGGCAAGCAACUGAACAUAUUCAUUCAACAAAUGGCAUGCAAAAGGGAGCUGUGGAUGCGAGUAUUUGGUUGAAAGAAAGCUGGAACCCUGGGGAGAUUCCAGAAGAAGCGCCUCCAGAUCAAUAUAUCUGACCGUAAUGUUCUUUUUCCGGAAAUGUUAACCAUUAGGCUCGUUAUAAGCUAUGCUAGGAUGUUUUCUGUUUAGCCUAUUUUUUGAAGCUAGGCUCAAGAACUGCAUAAAGAUUUUGCCUGCAUGCACUUUAUGUGAAAGAUUUAACAGAUGGAAUAGAAGAUAUGUUUGUACUUUGUAUACAACACAUAAAAAGAGAAACUGUAAUAUGGAUUUUGAGUUUUGUUUAGCAAUGUACUGGGAAUCAGGCCAGUUACAUGAGUGAGUUUAUCCAUUUGGGGUUUGGCUCUCUCAUAAUUUUUUUUUUUUUUGCUUUGUAUUGAUAUUGAUUUGAUCAGAGCGAAUAUUUAAAACCAAGGAUUUAUUAACUAGUUUGAGACUAAGCUUUUUAUUAACUA